AACGGUCACUUUCUCCCGUCCUCUCCUCCUCCUCCUCCUCCUCCCGUCGUGUCGUGCUUUUACUCCCUCCCUUUCCUCCAAACACACACGAACGCGAGUAACACCGGCAGCUUUAACUAUUAUCACACUGUCACCGGAGCAACAUCAUCACAUGAAGCCAUAAUAAUCCGGAAUAACGGGAAAAAACAGCAGGAUCCGAUAUCUGGCACAAGAAGGCGAAUGGACUGAGAUCUCAAAUCACAAAACCAAAAAGUCUCUGAGAAAUCUGCAAAGACGUGCACACUGACGCCUUAAACACACACACACACACGCUGAAGAAGUACAGGGACCCAGAUAAAUGGCUGACAAACAGAUCAGUUUGCCUGCCAAGCUAAUAAACGGCGGUGUGGCCGGACUGAUCGGUGUUACCUGCGUGUUUCCCAUCGAUCUGGCCAAGACUCGCCUUCAGAACCAGCAGAAUGGAUCCCGUCUCUAUACCAGCAUGUCAGACUGCCUUAUUAAGACCAUCCGGUCGGAGGGAUACUUCGGCAUGUACAGAGGUGCUGCGGUGAACUUAACUCUUGUCACUCCAGAAAAAGCCAUCAAGCUGGCAGCAAAUGAUUUCUUCAGAUUUCACCUCUCUAAGGACGGGCAGAAGCUCACUCUGCUGCGAGAGAUGCUGGCCGGCUGCGGGGCGGGAACAUGCCAGGUCAUCGUUACAACGCCGAUGGAGAUGCUGAAGAUUCAGCUGCAAGAUGCCGGAAGAAUCGCGGCGCAGAGGAAGCUCAUGCCUCAGGCUGUGACCCCGGGGGGUCCCGUGGAGAUGAAGUCCCCCACAGCUAUGCAACUCACCAGAGAACUACUGAAGGAAAAGGGCAUCGCGGGUCUUUACAAGGGCCUGGGAGCCACGCUGCUCAGGGAUGUCCCGUUUUCUAUCAUUUAUUUCCCUCUGUUUGCUAAUCUGAAUAAUCUGGGGAAGAAAAACGCAGACGGUCCCGCUCCCUUCUACGUCUCUUUCGUAUCCGGCUGUGUCGCGGGCAGCACGGCCGCGGUCGCCGUCAACCCUGUAGAUGUGAUAAAGACACGGCUGCAGUCGCUCACACGAGGAAGUCAAGAGGACACUUACAGCGGGGUGAUGGACUGUAUCAGGAAGAUAUUACGCAACGAAGGUCCCACCGCUUUCCUGAAGGGGGCGUACUGCCGAGCUCUCGUCAUCGCGCCGCUCUUCGGCAUCGCUCAGGUGGUCUACUUCCUCGGCGUAGGCGAAUACAUCUUGAGCCAUCUUCCCAAACGGAACAACUAACCAAUCAUCCCGCUGCCUUUUCCCGACCCAUUAUGCACCGCUCCAGUCUGUUUCCCGCCCUUUCUCACAAGCCGUCAUUAUCCAAGGAUCAAAGCGUACCGCGAAGCAGUCUGACUGGUUUUAAUCGUUUGUUGUCGUGCCGUUUGUGUAUUUUUAUCUGAAUGUGGUGGUUUUAAUACUGAGCAUAAAGUGAGGUUGUGUUUGCCAAGCUGCCUGUUUGUGUCUCGUCCGGUCUCACGCUGAGACCAAACCAUAUCCUUUAUGGGAAGUUGUCGAGCCCUCGUCGUUUAUCUCGAGACAUUUGAAGCGUAAAAUCAACGAUCAAUCGUGACACUUUGAAUCGUGGAGCUCUUUUAAUUAUGUAGUAAAAUAUCAAGCUCUUUUUAAUUGUCAAUUUCCUGGAACAAGAGGCCGUGUAAUGCUGAUUAGUUUGCCGUCUUUCUUAGGCCAACUCUGAAUGCCUUUCCUCCGGGCUCAGGAUGACCUUGAGGAAAAGUGUGGAAGUGUUUGUGUGCGUCACAUAUCCCUGGCUUACUGUGAGCACAUCUUUGUGCCCUAUCUAGGCUUUAUUCAGCGUAUGUUUCCAAAUUACACGUCGGCUCCAGAGGUUAAUUCAAUUAAUAUUUCUCUGAAAAGCUGUGAGAGAUGUUUCAGUGAAUGGAAAAUGUGAAUUAGGCUUGAAAGCAUCUCUCAAAUUGGCCGAAUCAAAAUGGAAAUGCCUCCAAACCAGGGGCGUAGCGACCAUUAAGACUUCUGGAAGGUUCGCACACUUUGGGAGAUGAUCAUUAUAGAUUAAGAGAUUGGUUUUGCAUGGCCACAGCACAAGAGAAAUUCUUCCUUGGCAUAUCCGACGCAAAUCUCUUUCAUUAUUUGUAGUCAGAACGGCAUUAAAUACCAUCUAAAAACUCAUUUUAACCACCUUUGUAGGAAGUUUGAAGGUUAAUUCAAACAUUUUGCAUGUGCAAAGCAGUUUUUUUUUUUAUUUUUUAGGAUGGGACACAUAUAUAACAUCAUACAAACACUGACUGAGUAAGCAGUUCUUUCCAGUGUGGUUAUUUUUAACUAAAACCAGUGUUAUUUUAGUAUCACUGAGAUGCUAUUAUAGUUUUUAUUAGCUAGUUGCUGAAAUAAAAUAAAUUUUUUGUAUAUUUUAUUUUAUUUCAGUUUAAUGUUAUUUCAAGUAACGAAAAUGCCACUGGUGGGCCGUUUGCCGCUCUUGCCCUUUUUCAUAUUACAUAUUUUAGUAAUCAUCAUAAAUUAGGUAUCAUUCGAAAGCUUACAAACUCAAGAUUGAAAACUGUUUUGAAAUCGGAUGUUGCUUUACCAUGGAAACUGUACUUUAAUUUCUUUUCAUUUAUUUUAACUACUUAUAUUGUCGGAAAGGAACUGUUUUGUGAUAGAAGUGAUAUUUGGACAGAAAUUUAUCAAUUUGUAACGGGAGAAUGCGUAAAAAAAAAUUCAAUAGAAUGUCGGUGACAUCUGGUGGCUAUUUUUGGUACUGCGCCUAAACAAAAUCUCAUUUUGUGAUAUCAACUUCAAAUUUGGAACACAACUUGGUUAGACAUAUGGCUUCCAUUUGAUAGCAAAAAAUAUUUGAUAAAAUAUACAUUUUAUAUAAAUUAAAAAAUGUUUAGUACAGUACAUUUGAUUCAUACUUUAACUUUUUCACUUUAGCAAUAAUAAUGGAUUGUGAAUUUUCAUGUCUAUUCUCAAAGAUGACACUUAAGGGGUUAAUUGUUAUUUUAAUUACAAUAAUUAUUUUAUAAUAAUAGCCCUGACUAAAACUAAAACUAUUAAAAACAUUUUUUCAAUUGGAAUUAAGCUGAAAUAAAAUAGAAAUAUUAGAUGAAGAAC